AUGUGUGGUAACAACAUGUCUGUCCCCCUCCUCGCUGACGCAGUGACUGUCUCAGGGGCAGAGCGGGAGACUGCCGCGGUCAUUUUUUUACACGGCCUUGGAGACACGGGGCACAGCUGGGCUGACGCUCUCUCCUCCAUCCGCCUCCCCUAUGUGAAAUACAUUUGCCCUCACGCGCCCCGGAUCCCAGUGACCCUCAACAUGAAGAUGGUUAUGCCCUCCUGGUUUGAUCUGAUGGGGUUGACUCCGGAUGCACCUGAGGAUGAAGCUGGGAUCAAGAAAGCUGCAGAAAACAUUAAAGCAAUUAUCGAGCACGAGAUGAAGAACGGGAUCCCACCCAACCGCAUCAUCCUGGGGGGCUUUUCACAGGCAGCGAAUAACGGUGUGAACAAGGACAUUGCCAUCCUGCAGUGCCACGGGGAGAUGGACCCCAUGAUCCCUGUCCGCUUCGGGGCCCUCACUGCUGAGAAGCUGAAGUCCGUCGUCACCCCCACCAAGGUCCAGUUCAAAACCUACCCCGGCGUGAUGCACAGUUCCUGUCCUCAGGAGAUGAUGGCGGUGAAGGAGUUCAUCGAGAAGCUGCUGCCCCGGAUCUAA